CAGUCACUCUGAUCACUGAUAUGGCUAUGAAGUGACUAAUAUGUAGAUAGUGUGUAAGUGUGGAUACACUUGACAAAGGGAUGAUUCACAAGCGGGACAGGAUGGAGUGGGGCAGUACAAGGUGUCAUCAUGCUACUUAGGAUGGUGCACAAUUUAAAACUUACUGAUUCUUCAUUUCUAGAAUUUUCUAUUUAAUAUUGUUAGACCGUGGUUGACCACAAGUACCUGAAACUAUGGAAAAUGAAAUCACUGAUAAGGGGGGACUACUGUACUAAUUGCUGUUUUUGCCACACAUUCUCCCCAAAGCCUGUGAUCAAGAGAAAGCAAACUCUGAUGAUGACACUCCACUGUCUGACCAUCCCUAUUUUACAUCCUGAAGUCCAAACUCUAUAUCUGCAGACCUGUGAUAUUUCGGAUACUGCUCUCCUGCACCUGUGUAACUGCAAAAAACUGAAGGAAUUAAAUUUAAAUUCCUCAAAAGAAAACAGGGUUUCUAUAACCUCAAAAGGAAUAAAAGCUGUGGCUUCAUCUUGCUCAUACCUUUAUGAGGCUCGUCUGAAAAGAUGCUGCAAUCUUACUGAUGAAGGAGUCCUUGCCCUUGCACGCAAUUGCCGUCUGCUAAAGAUUAUCGAUUUAGGUGGCUGCUCACGCAUUACUGAUGUGUCCUUACAUGCAUUAGGAGAAAACUGCUUAUUUUUGCAAUAUGUUGGUAUUUCAGCUACUCAGGUGUCUGACAGUGGUGUGGUUGCGCUUGUCAGUGGACCCUGUGCCAAGAAGUUAGAGGAGAUUCAUAUGGAACAUUGUGUGAAUCUGACUGAUGAGUCUAUAGAAGCUGUCAUUACUCGCUGUCCUCAGAUACGUAUAUUACUGUUCCAUGGGUGCCCCCUGUUAACAGAUCAUUCCCGAGAAGUCUUGGAGCAGUUAAGAGGCCCAAGCAAAUUAAAGCAAGUGACGUGGACUGUUUACUGAUGCUUAUUGAAGCCGUGCUCUCCAUACUAUCGGGAAAUGGUGGUCUUGGAGACUGACAUUCCAACACACAGUGUGGUUUGUGAUUUACCAGGCUUUUAAACGCUUUGAUAGUGUUA